CAUUAGCUGUGUCAAUAUAUUCUACUUCAUCGUCAUUGUGAUUAUAUUUUGAUCAUUCAUACUACGACACAAUGGGAAAGACUUCGCCAUGAAGUCAUCUUUACUUCAUAUACACUGUAAAAUAAUAUUUGGGUACUUCCUAAAAGACGAAGACGUGAACACUUAUAUAGUAUCAGCAAUGGUAUGAACUAGACUCGAAGCAGUAAACGAAGAACCAAGCUUCGGUUCGUCUCCCUCAAAGAUUCUAGUUCUACAUUACUCCAGUGUUGUGGGAUUACUCUUACGUAGAAUUCUUGCCAAAAUUGCUCAUCAGCUGUGUCAAUAUAUUCUACUUCAUUGUCAUUGUGAUUAUAUUUUGAUAAUUCAUAUUACGACACAAUGGGAAAGACUUCGCCAUGAAGUGCCAGCAGGUCUUCAGACUGACAGCCGUCGGAAAGACAUGGCUGGGCUUGGAGGAGCAGGCCGACGAGUGGCAGAUGUGUGUGGUAGGCUGUGGGGUCGUGCAGGAAGAGCCACCAGAAGGAGUCUUGUUUGCUCUGCAGUGUGUGCAUCGGGCAAUGCUAAGAAGGACUUUAAGAAGAUGACACCCAAGGAAUGGAAGAAGCACCUAACACCACAACAGUACUAUGUCACCAGAGAGGCAGGCACAGAACCAGCAUUUACAGGGGAAUUCUAUGACCACCAUGAAAAGGGGAUGUACCUCUGUGUCUGCUGUGGGUCAGAACUCUUCAGCUCAGAGGCCAAGUAUGAUUCUGGGAGUGGCUGGCCAUCCUUUCACUCAGCAGCGGGGAAGGUCUCCACCCACACAGACCGCUCCUUCCUGAUGGUACGGACUGAGGUACUAUGUGGUGAGUGCAAUGCUCAUCUUGGUCAUGUCUUUCCUGAUGGACCAGAGCCAACAGGCCUUCGUUACUGCAUCAACUCCCUGUCCCUCAAAUUCUCCCAGAAGACGUGAUAGAGUGUAUGCGUGUGUUUGGGAGCCUUUGCCGCUGUAUAUAUGUAGAGCAGUGUGAUUGUAUGUAUUAUAAAGAUUGAAAUGUUAAUGUGUCUCUUAUAAAUAUUAAAAUGUUUAGAUUAUG